AUGCUUACCGCCGCAAAAUUCAAAACCCACUGCGCUCAAUUGGCGAACCCUUUUAUAACACCAGACCUAAGAAAAGAACUUGCUACGGAAGUCAGGGACUCUAUUGAGCUCGUGCACUCCCAAGACUACAUUUCAUUUCUCACUCAUUUCUUGCCGGCGUUCAAGACAGUUCUAACUUCGCUGACCAAGCCUCAACAAGUUGACAACAUCAUUCAUCAAACCCGCGCAAUACUUCUUGAGAUAUUACAUCGCUUGCCCCACAAUGAAACUUUGCGCGCUAAAUUUCUUGAAGUCUUUUCUCUGGCCAUGCAUAUUUUGCGAACAGACAACGAGGAGAACGCUAUCACUGCCAUUCAUAUUAUUUUUGAUUUGCACAGAAACUAUCGCCACCAUUUGGGUAGUCAAGUCGAACCUUUCCUGGAUUUUGUGCGCCUGCUGUAUGAGUCCUUUCCUGCUGCUGUGAAAUCACUUUUACUUACGAAAAGACCACCUGAUCCAGCCGGACAGCCGGGUCCUAGAAGAAUGGCGACUUCUUCCCAAUCUUUCAAAGUCAUGACAGAAUCGCCGCUCCUAGUAAUGUUUGUAUUUCAAUUGUACCCUGUCUAUAUCAAGACACACGCUCCACGGCUAGUUCCGCUGAUGAUUCGGGCCAUAGAAGUGGAUCUGCCAGCUUAUUCCGUCGCAGCUGCACCGAAGGCAGCAUUCCACGAAUUCGUCGCAGCCCAAAUCAAGACAGUAUCAUUUUUAGCAUAUCUUUUGAGAAAGCAUCGAGAAUGGAUGAAAGCUGAUGAUACAUUGCUUGCGCGGAGUGUUGUCAAGCUUUUCCAAUCAUGCCCAGCGGAUGCUGUGUCGAUUAGGAAAGAUCUACUCGUGGCUUCUAGGCAUAUGCUACAGACCUUCCAUCAUGGCUUUUUCAGUGAACUAGAUUUGCUACUAGAUGCAAAGGUGCUUCUCGGUACGGGAAGAGCGGCAGUUGUUUUACGGCCGCUUGCGUACUUGUUCUUGGCCGAAGUGAUCCACCGAAUACGGUCGCACUUGUCUUUCCGUCAGAAAGAGAAGAUUAUUUUGAUCUUCUCCACCAAUCUACAUGAUCCAACAUUUAGCUACAGUAUACAAAUAAGUGCCGUACGCCUUCUAUUGAAUCUCAUUGAUAGCAUUUCAAAGGGCGACAUCGAUGACGCGAAUCGGAACACCGGCUCUCGUGAGUUGUUGCUACGAAUACUGCGGACGAUGGUGGCGAAGUAUAAGACGCUGGGGGAUCAAGUGCCAAGGCUUUUGAAGUCUAUCGACGAGCUACGAUCGAGACCAAACCCUCUAGAGUCAGGCGAAAGGCUUUGUGAGGUAAUGGUCGGAGAUCCGAUGAAGGAGAUCGUCGAUUUUAAGUCUUUGCUGAAGACGCUCACACAUGGGCUAAAGACCGUGAUUUGGGCAGCAAUUAACUCUGGCGUGUCCGAUUCGAGUGUUGCGAAAGGCUCGGGAGGCCCUAGCGGGCCCUCAAGUAAUGCAGACACGUCUUUUGCCCCUCAGCCCAAUGCACCCAGUGGUCGGAAGGGGGUGCGGGCUGGCCUGUUAGAAAAAGAAUGUGAAACCAUUGCUCAGCUACUUGAGGCUGGUCAGAAGUGUUUUCGGCUGUACAGUCGCUUGGAAGAUAAGAGGGACUGCUUGUAUGAUGUGAAUAAUUUUGUACCUGCUCAGAACAGUGGUGACGACGAAACGGUGGGAGCUGAUGCGUUUGUCACCGAAUCAGAUCCGGAUUUCGCCUUUCUUGGGUCCGGCCCGAAAGUCAGCGACAAUUCAAUACAGGAAGAAAAGGAUAUAUUCGACCUCUUCGCGCAGAUAUUCAAGGUCCUGGAUAUCAGAAGCUUCCAAGACAUAUUCGGACUGAGAAUGGGAGAUCUCUUUGAGCAUGUAGUGGAGAACCCUGCCGCGCUAAUAAUCCCACAACAAUUUCUCGCCAACGACAAUAUAUCGAAGUAUUUCGCCGAUAUCCUGUUGAACUUCUUGGUGGACAACCUCGCCGUCUUGGAUGUACCGCUUCCUCAGACUGCGAAAGACUUAACCCAGAAGGAGAAGAUUGCCCAAAGCUUGCUGAAGCUUUUCAAAAUUCUCUUUGCAAGUGUCUCAUUCUUCCCUACAAAUGAGCCAGUACUGCGAUUGCAUAUUGGGUCUCUCGUUCAAAAGUGUCUUAAGCAUGCAGCUACGGCCAAAGAUCCCCACAACUACUUACAAAUGUUGAGAGCUUUAUUCAAAACUCUGACUAAGUCAAAGGGUCAGUUUGAAUUGCUGUACAGGGAGUUUAUGCCAUUAGUGGAACCGCUUCUGAAUGGACUUCUCGCUCUGUACCAGGGGCCUAACCGCUUAGCCCAUAGUGACCUCAUCGUGGAGCUAUGCCUCAUGAUCCCAGCUAGACCUUCCACAAUAUUUCCGUACCUGGACCUUCAAAUUAAGCCAAUAGUGUGGUCAUUACAAGGAGGCACAGAGAACGUUCAAUACGGAUUGAGAACUCUAGAGUUCUGGGUUGAUAUGCUUCAACCAGAAUAUUUGGAGAGGUUGCUGGCGCGCGUGGACCCCGAUUUGUCCAUGUCCAUGUAUCGGCUCCUAAGAGUGUCACAAUCUAGAAACACAGAUCCCGCCGCAACGACACUACGCAUUCUGGGGAAACUUGGGUCAAGAGCACGUUGCAACAGAGCUCUAAAACCUUCAUUUGAAACUGGCCCAGAUUCACGCUCAGUACAGAAAAUGCCUCUGACUUGGCCUGACAAGAGUAACGCGACGCUCCAGACUGACGCUUUGGUACAGCUCUCAGUGGACGGACUGCUUAAUAGGAGGAAGGAUGCUUCAUUUUCUAAUAGUACUGAGUACAAGACGGAGGCUUGGAUGUUUCUAUACUCAUGUUUGUGCCCCUUCAUUGGGCUCACAUCUGACAUAAGCCACUUGCCAUCGGCUUCUUCCAUGGCGCGUACUCUUGGUGUCUGGAGCACCUCUGGAUCCAAAAGUGCAAGUGACUCAGAAAAGGCCUCUGCAUCGCCAUCUGCACCCCACAAGACAAAACAGGAAAGAGCAUCGGAAACCUCCAUGGUGAAAGACAUUUUAGUCGCACUCAUUGGAACAGCUGAAUUGGUACAGGUAGAGAGGCUGAUUGCGAGUGCUGCCGGUAAAUCCAGCACUUUCCCGGCCGCCAAGACAUGUGUUUCGGAUAUGUCUCGAUAUUUUGCCUUGUUAACGGUUCAACAAAUCGAGAAAGAGGCUCAAGAAUCCUAUUCCUCGCAAACCUCACACAUUCAAUUAGAAAAUGAUCAUUCAGAGGGGUCCAUGUUAAGUCAUGACGUGUUUCUUGAUGCAGUCACUUCUGUGAUGUCGCUGGAGGAUAGGACCCUAUGUCAGAGUGGCUUGGAGAGCCUGCAGGCGUAUGUUUCUGGUCUAUUUGAUUAUUCCAUAACGACGACUGCGAAUGCCUUAGGCAACGAAUCGGGGGGGCAGACGGCCCGGGAAGGCGUUCUGUGUGACGGAAAGACGGACGAAGCACCGGGAGAUUCUAAAAGGGUAUCAAUAGGGAACGGGACGACCAAGUCCCCGCAGAGCCGAGCAGAUAACUUGGUUCAGGUAGUAUCCCCGACGAAGUCAAACGUAGUCAAGCCGUUAGAAAUCAAAGGAGAAGAAGUGAUUCCUUCGAAAGGCCCUCAGGUUCACCCUACGGGUACCGCAAAAGUACAGCCUGACGUGGAAAUGACAGAUGCGAAAAAUGGUCUAUCUGACGAGAAAACAGAAGCGAGGAAGAACCAGAAAGAGAUGCCAGACGAACACAUUCUUGCCUCAUCUCUUGCUCCGAUCGUAGAUCACUUGUGUCAUUGCUGCUAUCAGAAAAGGUGGAAUGCCAAAUGGGCUGGUGCCUACGGUCUCGGAAUGCUUGUGGAUGGGAUUGCGGAUGAUAUGUUUUCAUCAUCUUAUUUUGCCCGCAACAUCAUAUAUAUGGUGCGCGCGUUAAUGUUUGUAAUCAGAGAUGCCUCGGCGGCAAUUGAAGAUGAAAUUGUGGCACGCGGAAGGACUAUUUUGCGAAAGCUUCUUGAGACAUGCUUCACCAGAGGACAGACUAUGAAUUCACCCGGAAAGUCGUUGCCUUCCGAGCUUUCGAAAGUCCUGCGGGAAGCUACCGUUCGUCUCACGAUGGAUUUAUCAUGCGAUUCAUCCAACGCACGCGAGACAGCUCGACAGUGCUUACGGGUACUAGGGAAGACACUGAACCGGGAUGUGGCGGAUAUUCUCUCCCACGACUACUGCAAAGAUCAACUACUGCGCCCACUCAUGCAGCGAUCCGUGCGGCAACACCCGUUUCCUACUCAAAUAGGUUUCAUUGAUGCGAUGAUCUUUUGUCUGGAGCUUGAAAGACCGCUUUUAAAGGAGGAACUGUUUUCAACACCUUUGACAAAUGUGUUUUUAAACGAAGUCAUUGCUGUGUCUGAAGAUCCUACAUUUGAAAAGCUGACAGAAGCUGAGGAAGGAAUUCGUAGCAAGCUUGUGGAGAACAAAAUGAUUCACACGGGGGUAGCUAAGGACCUGCUUGUAUUGAGACGAAAAGCUGUUGAGCUGCUAUGUAGUGUUGUUGUGAACUGUUCAAGCACCCUCCUAGAAUCAAGAAACGAUGCCCUUUUUCGAAACAUUAUUUCAAGUUUGUUCAAGAAUCUUCAAUCGAGGGACAAGGACAUCGUUGAUAGUGCAAAGCUUGGUCUGAAACAAGCUAUUGCAGACCACCCUAAACCCAAGGAUCUUUUGCAGCGCAAUUUGCGUCCAAUACUUAGUAAUUUGGGCGAUUAUCAAAGGCUAACCAUGCAAUAUGUUGAGGGACUUAGCAGAGUCUUGGAGUUGUUCUCACACUGGUUUAAUGUGAACUUAGGAGAGAAAUUACUGGAGCACCUUCACAGAUGGCUAGAGCCUGAAAAUCUGGUCCACCUGAAGCGUUGGGCGCCAGGCACUGAGGCAAGGGUCGGGGCGGCAGUUUUGAACCUUUUUCAUCUACUCCCGGCCACUGCUUCUAAAUUUCUAGAGAAGAUUGUGCUUAUGGUUAUUCAACUAGAGUCGGUGUUGGCCGUGGCCGGCCCUGGCGUUGCGCACCUGGGAUUGAAAAGCGCGAAGGCAGCAUCUACCUCUCCAUACAGGGAACCGCUGUUGAAAUACUGUAACCAACAUGCUGCUGUAGCAACAAAAUAUUUUCUGCAUCACCUCGAAUCAGACCCUAAACGGCAGUUGUUCUUCGUAAUGCUGCGUUCAACGGAAUCCCUCCCAUUAAGAAAAGAACUUAUGGGAAACCCGAAACGACUUGUUUCUCAAACUCUUUUAAGCGUGGAAGGAAUGGGUACCAAGAGUCUUCACAUAAUCACGUUGAUCGAUCUUCUGUCAAGGCAUGACCCUUCCUGGCUCGGAAAGGACCCAGAUUUAAUAGCGAAGUUAUCCAGCUACUGGAAGACAGCAUCAUGCUUCUCUGAUUCUUACGACAGCGCCCCAUCCGCGUUGGGCCAAGUGCAAGAAGUGGAAACUCUUGCGAAUGUUUUUAUUCGCUAUUCCCUUCGUUUUGAGAAGGAAGUUGCGACCCUGUUUCUUCUUCUCACAGUUUUUUCAGCAAGAACAACGUGCGACUUUACCUUUGUGAAGGAUUUCUUGCAUGCAAAGGUGACGAAGCCCAGCCCAGCAGAAAGCCGGAGCACCAUCAUGGUGAAUCUUUUCUCCUUAUUUCAAGAUAAGACGGCUCCUCAGGACAGAAAGGUCCACGCGUUACAAUAUAUCGUAAUCCCGAUGCUCGAGUAUCAUCUUGAAUCUCGGAGAAAGCAAACAGAGGAAUCCUCUGCAGCAGGGAAUGAUAAGAGCUCAAAUAACCCAAUGGAUAUUGACCGCUCAGGCCCAGUAUCACAAGGACCUUCGAGUAAAGAUAGUAGUAAGAGGGCGUCAUCAGGCAAUGACAGUGGAAUCGCAGCUUCGUUGUCGUCGGCAGUGCACCGGGGAGAAGCUCCCAGAUCAACUACCUCUGAAUUGAAACUCACUGCCUCCGGCAGCAGCCGUUCGGGGCAGACAAAAGAUGAACCUACCAGCAAGGACACCUCCGUUCAUUUGCCUCCAGACAGGGUUCUCAACGCGCCCAUGAUACAACGAAUUAUGGUAGAAUUGUUUGAUCAGCCAGACGAGAUCCUCCGACACUACAACGAGCCUUUGAGCGCAGAGUUGCUUCGAUUGGCGACUCUCCUCAUCCGAUACAUGCCAGGAGAAGUCGGCAGGUACCGCAAGGAACUAAUCAAGUUUGGGUGGAAUCAUUUGAAGCGAGAAGACUCAAUUGCGAAGCAGUGUGCAUUUGUCAACGUGUCUCGGUUUUUUGAGGCCUACCAAGCACCUGACAAAAUUAUACUACAAGUUUUUGUAGCUCUGUUGCGUGCAUGCCAGGGUGAAGGGAAGGAACUUGUACAGGAAGCUCUCGAUAUUCUUACUCCAGCACUUCCUCAUCAAUUGGAACAUAAUCCGGCAGUGCAUAAGUAUCCGCUAUGGAUACGGUACACGAAGAAGAUUCUUCUAGAAGAGGGACAUAGCGCGCCAAACCUCGUUCACAUAUGGCAUUUGAUUGCUCGCCAUGCGUCCCUUUUCUACGUUGCGAGGGCACAGUUCGUACCGAUCAUGGUGAACUCUCUCUCACGGAUUGGUCUAAGCACCUCUGCAAACGCAGAAAGUCGCCGACUUACACUUGAUCUUGUAGAUCUCAUCAUACGAUGGGAACAGACUCGUCGUCAAAAUAUACAGAGCAAUUCUCCGCAAGACAUGGAUGGAGAUUCGCAACACAGUGGACAAAAUAGGUCGAGAAAGAGGACGAGAGAGGAAGAGACAAAGUCCAGCAUCACUGGGGAAGACUCACCCAAGGGCACUGAGAGGUCUCAUGUCCAGUCCAACGAACCCCCGUCGAAGACCAGAAGAUCUGAAGGUUCUCAUCCAAUUCCAGAGUGCGCGUCACCGAAAAAGCCAAAUUCAGCUGUUGGCCUGCGCGAUACUGAAGACUUCAAGCCAACAACGGCUAUGACUGAUGUUUUGAUUCACUUUCUCGUGCAAAUUCCAUUUCGCGGAUUAGAUCGUCGCGACUAUCCGUUAGUUACGAAAAGGUGCAUAAUGCUCUUGAAACAAGCAUCAGCUCUCUGGCCGGCUUCAACUGCAAGACUCGCGUUUCUGGGGAAAUUUUUAGAAGCACCGAAUGGUGAGAAGCCCAGUACACAACUUCAGCACGACUCAAAGAAGAUCUCAAACCAGGGGUCUCAGUCGAUGGCAAAUCAAAGUAUGGAUGGUAAAAUGGGCUUCAGAGGCGAGCUCCCACAGGCGGAAAGAGGGCGUUCUGGAGCCCGACAUGCAGCUCUCUCUGCGGCUCUUGGAGUUGCGAUCGUUUUGACCAAGUGCCAAGGGCGGAGGUUUGUGAAGGAGAAUGUCUCACCAAUCCGAGAUUUGAUCGUGCCGGCUGUGGCAGAGGGUGAUUUUCGGAUGGCUGGACUCUUUGCAUCGUUGCUGAAAGAGCUCGUUCGGCUGUGGCCGCCACCCCCAUCUGUGAACGUAGACAUGGAUAUAAGCAAGCCGAAAAUGAAGCAAUCAAAAGGGCACGCGUCGAAGACUGCCUCGAAGGGAGAUAGUUCUGUGCCUGUGACCAAGUCCACAGACCUUGAUAAGGCCACGUCGAAGGAUGAUGAGCGAUCCGAAAGAACGCUAGGACAAGCAGGAGAUCUGUUGAUGAAACCUGUUUACAACGUUAUCCAUGAUGCUAUUGACGGAGCAUUAAAGUCCUCCGAUCUGAGUGCACAAAACUGCGGUCUUCAAGUUCUGAAGGUGUUUUCUGAUGAUUCCCCCCAGGAAUGUCUAAGAUAUCAAGAAAUGCUGGUCAAAGGCCUGCAAAGAAUGACCAGAGAGAAAGUGAAUGCUGCACAGCAAGCGAUCUCCUCAAACGCUGGCAGCACACCCAGCAAUGGUUCAGGAAACCGCAGUAGCGGGGGGAAAGACCGCGGAAACGUCGGCACCCCAAUCCAAGCUCAUGGAAAGAUAUCGACUGGGAGCGAACAAGUUCCAACUGAUGCAGGUCGAAGGGGCAAAUCCCCGGCAGCUGAAGAACAUGCCGCUCGCAAAGGCCGUGAAACUCAGGUCCUUAUCUUGUAUUUGUCACUGGUUGGGGACAACAUGAUAACGCUGGAGCAAAACCAGAAGAAAGCGACUUUACAAUGUAUUGUGUACUUGAUUGAGAGAUGUGUGGACGUUGAUGUGCUUUUGGAAGUUGUACGGAUUGCGAAGAGUUGGGUCGUAUGGAAGCCAAGGAAGGAAGUACCUCUGUCUUUACACAAAGAGGCCCUUACUUCGAAGGAGAAGGUACAGUUGCUGCUCAAGAUGGGAGCAUUCGAGCGGUCUGUGAGGGAAGGCUCAGAUGGGCUGAUGAAGGCAUACCUGUCUAUAGUGCUAGCGAUUUUCGCCGGCCGUGAAAAGCGGCCCGAGCUUCUUUCUAGACUAGAAAGGGCCUUUAUGUACGGAAUGAAAGCUGGGGAGCGUUCAACAAGGCAGCAGUUCUUCCAGAUCUACAAUGCUUCGAUCGCAUCUUCUCUUUCGACGAGACUCGUAUUUCUAUUGACAAAGCAAGACUGGGAACAUCUGUCCGAUUCCUUUUGGAUUAAGCAUGCAGCAGAAGUUCUGAUCUCUGCCACAGAGAAAGACCGGCCCCUGCAGGGGUGUGUCGAUGCAUCUGUUUUCCCGGCUGUGGUAAACGGAGAGGCCGUUGACUUGGGAGCACAGUCACUAGCUUCCGAGGCAAUAUCCCGAAGUCGACGGGGUAAGGUCGAACUAGGAGGCUCGAAGGUGAUAUUAGAUCCUGUUCUGCUUAGGUUUUACCGAGUGCAGAAACACAUGAAAGUUCGGGACUUCGUCGAUCCCUUACAGUCAUUGCUACACUACGAUUCUGAAAUUGCUCAUCGCGUUUGGGUUGACCUGUUUUCUAAGACUUGGGCCAUGUUGAAUAGCUCGGAAAAAGCGGCAAUGGAGAGAUCAAUUCUUACGCUGCUCUCCAAGGAAUAUCAUUUGGUGCAGGCUUCUUGGCCUCGUAACACGGUGCAAGCAUUGCUUGAUGCAUUCGUCAAAUGCACUCCGAUGCCGCACAUUCGAGCGGAUUUAAUUUUUCACUUGGGCUCUCGGUGGAAUGCAUGGCACACGGCUUUGCGCUUUUUGCAGUUACAAGAGGAUAACUUAAAGGCGAAGUUACCACCGAAGCAGAUCGGAUCAGAUGAUAAGGCAGACACCAGAAUAAGAAAUGAACUGGAAGAUGUUGCUGACGCAAGAGCAGAAUUGUACCGCCUACUUCAUGAACGAGACUUUCUUGCUGGGAGUUGGAAAGUUCGUGCAAAAUCUCCAUUAACCAAGAAAGCUCUCGUCCUGGAACAAGUAGCGAAGUACUCACAGGCGCAGAAUGUGUACGGGACUGCCAUGUCACUGCAAUUGUCCACCGGGAGCGGAUUUAGCUUCAGAGAUGAGGGAAGUGGGCUACCACAUGAUCAACCAGGCAAAGCGGAAGUCUGCCUAUGGGAGGAGCGUUGGGUAGACUGCGCAAGAAAGCUGUGUCAGUGGGAAGUUCUCACCGAGUUUGCUCGGGUGGUUGUCAAUACUGAACUGUUGCACGAAUGCCUCUGGCGUAUUCCAGACUGGAGUGCUUUGAAAGAGUUGCUCAUCAAGAACCCAGUCGAGGACGGCCCACAACUGAAACUCUACCAAGCCUACAUGCAGCUACAAGAAAACAAAUUGGAUGUCGCAGAUUCGUAUAUUCAGGGAGGCUAUGAGAGGUCGCUUAAACGCUAUUGCGCGCUUCCGGAGAGUUGGGAUUUGGACGCUUAUGGCCCUAUCUUUGUCCAAUUUCAACAGCUCGUGGAAUUGCAAGAGUCUCGUCGAAUUCUUUCGGAACUCAACGCACUUAGUCGGCAUGGGAACACCACCAUUAAUGUUGAACAAAAGAUCGACAACGUGAGACUCAUUCUGAAUACCUGGCGCGAGCGAUUACCGUCUCAGCACGAAUCGCUGACCACUUGGAAUGAUAUUUUGACGUGGAGGAACCAUGUGCACGCUGUAGUUGUCAAUGUACUCGAGGCGUUGAAAGAAGCGGCGAGCGCGAAGGUUGCCGCCGCUCAAAAUGCCCCUGGUAAUGGUGGUGUUGGCAAUCGAAACGCCAAUUCACUGCAUGCGCAAACGCCACAGGUGCAAGCUGCAGCAGCCAUUGCCCAAGCGUUACCACAACAGGUGUUAGUGAUGGGGGUAAACGAGACAGCCUGGAGCGUGCAUAGGUUUGCAAAAGCCUGUAGAAAGCAAGGAUUCCCAGAUAUGGCUUUGUACGCUUUGCAAAAACUGUAUCCUUUUGGAACAAUGGAGCUCACGGAAUAUUUUGUCAAGACAAAAGAAACCGCGAAGUCGUUCAUGGCGCAACCGCUUGGCAUAGACAACAGCACCAAGUAUGGUCUACAUGAGCUAAACAAAUGCAAUAUGGACCAUUUCAAUUCUAGACAAAAAGCCCAGCUUUUCACAGUGCGAGGAAAACUUUGCGCCGCAUUAGGCAAGGAAGCGGAUGCUGUCGACGCAUUCACGGUCGCGUUGUCGACUUCAUCUGACGUAAGCUCAGCUUGGCUUGCUUGGGGUCUCCACUGUGAUGCGCAGCUUCAACGCCUUUCUUCGCAACUCACUUCCGCUCCAAGAAGAGACGGGAUUCAAGGCGCAAAAGCGUCAAAUGAUAACAAGAAGGAGACGGAAGCUGCCCUGGAAUGGAGAGAGGCUGCCGUGAAUUGCUAUUUGCAGGCCGUUCGGUUUGGAUCUCGCAAAAGCCGUCUGUAUUUGCCAAGGGUCUUGCGCCUUUUGACUACAGACGUAUACAAUCGCGUUCACCUGCUGGGUCAAGCACGCACUGAUACAGGUGAAAUCGAUUCGAACAGAGUUAGUAGUGUGCAGACAAAAUCAAAUGUUUCGCAUACAGAUAGGCCGGGUGCGCUAAACUCUACUCCUCCAAGUGCCCAUAGCGUUGGGAAAGCAGCAAGUGUCCCACCAGCGCAGCCUAACAAUUGGAAUGCAGCAAUGCAACCAUCUCUUAGCGAAGGUGUUGCGCGAGUCAUAUCAGGUCUCCUCACGGAGAUACCAGCAUGGAUGUGGAUACCAUGGAUCCCUCAGCUCGUCCCCAUGUUAUGUCGGAGAGAGGCCAACGUGGUAAGACCGCUUCUUGUUCGAGUUGCACAGCAAUACCCCCAGGCCGCUUUCUUCCCCGUGAGAGCUUUUAUGGAAGAUCGCAAGCCAAUUGACAGACCUGACAAGAUUCUUUCCAAAGAUGCUCUCAAAAUGGGAAGGCCAAUCACCUCUGCUUUGCUUCCCAAUGCAUCUUCUGCACAAGCGAGCACUCCCCGUCAGAUUCAAAUACUGAAGGGACACGUCCAGAGAACUCACCAGCGAUAUCAAAUGAUUCAGAAAGCUCUGCAGCGGAUUGAGUCAACGGUAAACGCUUCCCAAGGCACGAGUGAGCACGCAGCGAAUGUAGCGAAGAGGAACCAGCUGAAAGAAGAUUUAGGGCAUACCCACCAGGUUCAUGAAAAGUACGUGCAAGAGUAUGCAGCUGCGCAGCAAAGGCAGCGCCAAGCUUUGGAGCGUCCAAGCUCUGGGUCUGCUGAUACAGGAGCAGACACGCAAAAGACUAAGAAGCAAAACGAAAAUCCGAGUUUAGGGCAACCUUCGAACACAAAACCGGAUGUGGCAAAUGCUCCUGGUGCAGCUGAAACCUCAAAGGAGAACCGAAGGGCCGAUUGGCUACAAAAGAAACGUGAAGGUCGUGAUGAAGGAGGUAUCAACAAGAUGGGCAUGUCCCAGGAUGACCGUGCCGGUGGUACGAAUGCUUCAGUUCUGCGAACUCCGUUCGCUCAUGCGGAUUACGUGAUGGCGCACGUCGUCAAGUCGCACCAAUUGGUUUAUCUGGAAGUAGAGCGGAUCGCCCUUGAGCUUGCCUACAGGUUAAAGCCGCAGAAAGAGGAACAUCUGUUGAGUCUGAUGAAUGCAUUGCUACAUCGCUGUUACCAAAAUCCGGUUAAAAUGGGCAAGGAGGUAGCCACUCCUUUCCGGUCGGCAUUGGAAGAAGUGUCACGAAUGUGCUUUCUCACGGGGAAUCCGACGCCAGAGAAGCCAGGGGAACAUGGUCUUCAGUCAGGAAUUGCUGACCUGAAAGAGGCUUUCGAAGCGGAAUUAGCGCCACAAACAGCGAAAGACUUUCCGUCAGAGAUUGAGCCUUUCAUUGCAAGACUGCGCCGCUGGCAAGGUAUCUUUCAAAGACGUGUACGUUCAAUGCCAGACUACUUGAAUUUAGAGUCUGCUAGCAAACAUUUGAUUGAGAUAAGCCACUCUGAUGUGGAAGUGUUCGGCCAAUAUGUCGACAUAGACAUUGCCGAACCAAAUAUCAGCAGGCAUGUGAAGAUCGAGCGGUUUAGUGCAGAUGUCAGAGUGGUACGCAGACACUCGGGUCCUUCACGCGGGAUUCGAGUGAUCGGGUCUGAUGGAAAACUGUAUGAUUUCCUUCUUGAAGCAAGCAUCAAUGCAAGCAUCCAGUCGACGGAGGAUCGCACAGCACAGACGUUUAGACUUUUGAAUACUGCGGUGUUUGCGAAAGACUCCGAGGCUCAUCGGCGGCGCAUUCAACUUACUGUUCCGACAUUUGUGGUAAUUGGAGCUCGAUCUCGACUAGUGUCCGACGAUCCAAGCCUGUCCUCACUUGCAGAUGGUCUCGAACACUACUUGGAGUGUAACAAGAAAAGGAUUGAUGAUCCGCUGAUGGCCUUUCGAACGCUUGCAUCGGAAUCGUACAACCGACGGAGAGCUCACCCAGGGAAGGAGACGACUCGAGCAGAGUCUAUCGCUGCUCGGGUGGAUGCGUACCACGCCGUUUGUUAUUCACAUGUUCCGGCCAGCUGUUUCUCCGAAUGGGUGCGAUCUCGAAUGCCAACUGCAACUAGUGAUUUCAACUUUCGGAAACGUUUUUCGGAGACGCUUGGGGCGACGUCUCUUGUGUACUAUUCUCUGGCUAUCGGAGCAAGGAGACCGCAAAACAUCUUAUUUUCGUGGGCGUCAGGAACGAUUCAUAAUGUUCACAUGCGGGGGCUAAUCUCUGGACGCGGGAUUCUGGAAAGCGAUGAAGCGGUUCCGUUUCGUUUGACGCGAAACCUACAGGGCGUAAUGGGCCCCUUUGGAUUGGAGGGACCAUUCUACGGAUCGAUGAUAGUAACGUUGGAGUCUAUGGCUCAAAACUUUGGGGUUGUGCGCUUAUUCCUCGACUUAAUUAUGCGGGACGAGCUAAGUGGGUGGUUGUCGAACAAGAUGGAUGCGGGGCGUGGAAGGAAGGAUUUGGAUGGUGGUGGUGGUGGGAGGGAGAGGAAUGAUUUCAAGGUGUUGGAAGACUGCCUGGCUGCUAGCAUGCAUGCUGUAGGCAAGCGGUUGAAGUGCAAGCAGCCUGCACAAAUAGGGCACUCGCCCGCCGGUCAAAAGAAUGUUGAAGAAAUGGCUGAAUAUGUAGACAAACUGAUUGGCACGGCAAGCAAACCGGAAAAUCUAGCGCAAAUGGAAUCGAGCUGGCAAGCGUGGUACUAGGAUGGGACCAAGCAAGGAAGAGGAAGCGGGUAUGAGUUUUUGGAAGGGGUCGGGGGGAGGUGGUGUUGUUGACUUGUGUACAGAACGGGUAAGUGAGGAUAUGUAUUAAAUAGUUGAAGCUAGGGAUAGCGGGGAAUGUAUGUGUCGGACAGGCUUAUAAAGUUGACUUGAUGUGUCUGAAUUUAUGUA